AUGACUUGCUCAAUAGCCCUCAGGCAUGGGCUGAACCCCAGAUAUGGCUCGACGAGGCGCCCGGCUUUUUCUGCCCGCCGAAAUACCCCAGACGCGGACUUGCCCGCUUGUCCGUUUGGUGUUGAUUUGUUUUCCGGUUUGGGCAAUCCUUAUGGCAACAAUAACAACCACCACCACCACCACCACCACGACAAUAUCAACACCAUUGACCCUGAUAGUGACAUUGAGUUUGACACUGAGCUAGACAGCACCACUACUUGCUCCUCUUCAAGCCGUGCAGUGGUUGAGGGUGUCCGUACUGCGCGCUUGUCAUACGCUGAGAUGUCCUCCCAACAAUAUUUCCCGGGCUUUGGAAAUGCUGCGCCAGAUCAAACUGCUCCUGACCCUGCAUUGGUCCCAUACGCCCUGAAUGUUCCCAUUCGGCACACGCCUCAGCACCAGCCCACCGUUAUCCAUCAGGACAACUCCAGACAGCCUCAGAGCAGCAAGGUCUCAUUUUUGCGCUGGCGCAGAGCCAGCAAAAAUAGCAGCUCUGGGAGUUCCAGUUAUGACCUUGAUAGGCUGGUGGAUGAUCCCGAGUACCCGUUCAACCUAGAGGCCGCCGAAUCUUCACAGAGAUCACCAUCCAAAUUGCAAUGCAAAUCGCCACCGAAGACUCCUGUGAAAGGCAGUAUUCAUAAGAAGCUCUGGGGAAGUGAUGGUUUACUUGGCAACCCGUUGGCUGGGGCUGCUCAAGGCAAUGUCCCUGCAACCUCGACACCGGAAUCUCCUACAACAGCCCUUCGAGCACCCCGAUCAGUGAGCUUCGCAACGCUGCAAUCGAACAUUCCAGGACCGGGCAUGAGCCCAACUGGCUCUCCUACUCGACAGGAGACGGCCCUUAGCCCCGGACAGCAGACCUCUCCUCUGCUGCAAUCUCCAAGCGGCAAGUCGCCAUUAGGAGGGAAAUCUACUGGGAUAUUUCGAGGCCUCAGCCAGAGGGUCAUGCGCCGUAUCUCGGAUGCCAAUCCAAUCGAAUUUCCCACAGCUCCACAAACCCCCAGGCGAGCCCUGGCUGUGACACUGAGUCCCAAGAUUCAGGCGCGACUUUACCUCGAUCUCGAAAUGAUGGUAUGCGGCUGUGCGAACCAAUUCCUCAUCAAGCAGUACCGUGACGGCCGAUUGUCUCAAAGCUCCAUCAAUAAAGUGCACGCGAAGGUCCGACACCAGAUCAUGGAGUUCAGCUAUCCUCAGGAGCUGCAAUGCGAGCUUGUUCAGGACAACCGCCGCAGCCUGGACUUUGAGGGCCUUUGUGCCUGCAAUCCUGUCCACCUUGAAUCUACUCUGCGAAACUGGAGAUCCAUUGCAAAAGAGAUGAGCUCUCGCUCCUUUUGUCUUCCGGAUGCUGCGGUUCGGAAGCAUCUUAAUGAGAUUUACUGGAUUCUGGAUAUGCUUAACGCCCCAACGGCUACGCUUCGGGAAUUUCAAUCCUUGAACAACAUGGCGCAUGGCACCAUGCUGGGAAGUCCAGGAGACCCUGACACCACUCCAUCCAAACAUUAA